AUGCGUUUGAUGGCAUCCGCAGCCGCGCUAGCGUUCGUAGCACCAGCAUUCACAGCAUCGCUAGUUCGAUCAGAUACUACCCAAAACCAGUCCGGAUUUGCAGAGAACCCAGCUCUCUACAUGAAAGGCUUCCGGAAUCCAAGGAUAGUUACUUCAGUGGGCGGUCAUGCGACAUGUAUUUCAGGGAUUCUUGACGUGAAUGCAUCCGCCACGAAUCAACACCUUAAUGUCGAAAUGCCGGCGAAUUCGUCUGUCGUGACUGAGCUUAUACUUGAAAUCUUCCAAAGCAAUUCAACAUAUGCAGAAAAUUAUGGCGGUCCCCCAACUGAAGUCAGCGGAACCUAUGGAAUCUACUCACAGCUCUGUUUUCCGAAUGGCAAAAUUGACACAACAACUAUUCAGCUGCUCACACAUGGCAUCGGCUGCGAUAGAUCCUACUGGAACUUAGUGCCAGACUACUCCUAUGUUGACUACGUUGCCAAACAGGGUUAUACAACUUUCUUCUUUGAUCGUCUUGGAACAGGUCUCUCUGAUCACCCAGAUCCAAUCCAGGUUGUACAACUACCGCUACAAGUGGAAAUCCUCCACAGCAUUGUUCAGCUUCUCCGCACAGGGGCUAUCGCGGGCCAUAGUUUCAAACAUGUGAUUGGCGUCGGCCAUUCUUAUGGAAGUAUCCAGACUCAGGCGGUUACAGAAAAGUAUCCGCAGGAUUUUGAUGCCGUAAUCUUGACGGGCUUUACAACAUCUGUGACCGGAAUGCCUAUUGCCUUCUCCAGCCAGGACUUGGCAAUUGCUUCUGAAGUCCUGCCUACUCGCUUUACAGGUCUUUCAAAUGGGUACUUAGUCACUAGCCAUAUCCAGGGCAUCCAGUUCUUGUUCUUUCGGGCGCCGAGUUUUGAUCCAGCACUUUUGAACCUAGCGGAUUUGACGAAGCAGACUCUCACUGUCGGCGAGCUCAUCAGUUCACGUUCUCCUUCAGUCGCACCGAAGUUUACCGGCGCUAUUGAUGUAGUUGUUGGAGAGAAUGACGUGCCGGACUGCCAAGGAAAUUGUUUCUACCCGCAGAACUUGGUGUCUUCCGUCCAGGGUGAACUUUUCCCGGUUGCACGUAACUCUUCUAGCUGGUACAUCGUGCCUGGAACAGGACAUGGAAUAAACUUCCAUUAUACUGCUAAUGAGGCUUACGCACAAAUGCAGACCUUUCUCAGGAACAAUGGGUUCUAA